GAUUAUCAAUUCAUUCGAGCCCAAUUGAAGAUCUGUAGGGAGACCCAUGAUCAAAAAUGUACACAGCCAACGACUGGCGAGCAGGUUCUAAGAGUCAUUGAUUGCAAGUCCCACCGACUUACGACAUUAAAGCUUUGUGAGCCAUAUAUAUGCUUGAGCUAUGUUUGGGGUAGCAGCACUACGCAGGAUGCAAGGGAAUUUGGGGAUGAGCUACCGGCAAGUAUCCCCAGAACCGUAGAAGACGCCAUGGCUGUAGCAAUUGGCCUGGGUAUACCAUAUCUAUGGGUGGAUCGCUACUGCAUUGAUCAGAGUAAUCAUGAAGAGAAGCACCGACUUAUCAAAAACAUGAACAAAAUCUACGAACAGGCAGAAGUUACGAUCAUAGCUGCCAUCGGAGACGACCCCCAUCAUGGGCUUCCAGGAGUUCAAGACACAUUGAGAGAAGAGCCAAUCACCAUUCAAUUAGGAGGGGAAACCUUCGUUGCAGUUGCGCAUCCUGUACAGGAAAUAGAGAGUACAAAGUGGUCAAGUCGUGGAUGGACAUAUCAAGAAAUGCUUCUAUCUCGUCGGCGGCUGGUCUUCACCAAAACCCAAAUGUAUUUCCAGUGCAGAAAUGCAAUGUGCAUGGAGAGUUUGAAUCCGGAUUAUACAGAUUACAGAAGGGGGUCGAUUUUCCCGAUUCGACGUUUUCCAUCAGGCGGAAUUGGCAAAACUGUUUACGAUCUGCUCUGUCGGUUGGAGGAAUAUUACAGAAGAGAGCUGUCAUUCGGCAUCGACUCCAUACUUGCAUUUGAUGGUGUUGUCAAUGCAUUUGACGAA